CGCAUGCGUACACCUGCCGCCAUCUUGUCAACACAGCUUUUGUGGAAAAACAAAAUGGACAGUUGCUGUAAAUAUGAAAAUAUUAUUUCAAAGAGAUUAUGUGUCGGUAAAAGAGCGUUUUAUUCAUGUCAGGAGGACUCGCACGGCGAAGCUUCUCAGGCUGGGUUAGCUUAGCUUGCUAGCCGGCCGCUAACAAAGAGUGUAAAGUGUUGAGAUAGUGUGAAAAUGGGCGAGAGAAGGAUAGCAGAGUAUGAGGAGGAACUUGCUAGAACAAAAGAGGAGAACGAGCGACAACAUCAACUACAGGACUCAGAUGUAAAUGAAGACCAUCUUCCCCCUGAGCAGCAAGUGUGGAGUUACAGGAUGGGGCAGGAGGAUUCACAGCCCCCCCACAUUAAAGAGGAAGAGUCAUUGCCUCUCCGAAUUAAAGAGGAAGAGGAGGAGCACAGCAUCAGUCAGGAGUUAGAGCAUCUUAAAGGAGUUGAGGAGUUCCCAGUGACUGGUGUCCCUGUGAAGAGUGAAGAUGAUGAGGUCAAAGGUGAAAGUGAGGAGAAGAGAGAGGCGGAGCCUCCAAGCAGCAGCUCAACACAACACAUGACAACAGAAGCUGAUGGAGACCACUGUGGAGGAUCACAAGCAGACAAGCUCUUAGCUCCACUAUCAGAUAGUGAGGACACAACGUCACACUCUCCUGACACUGAUGAGGAAGACUCGAAAGAUGAUAAGACAUGUCACAUUGACAACACCCACUUGAAAUGUUCUCACUGUGACAAAACUUUUAAGGACCGGAGUAAUCUAAAAAGACACAUGAAAAGUCACACAGGAGAAAAAACAUUCAUGUGUUCCGUUUGUGGUAAAAGAUUCUCGCAGAAGUCCCAUUUUAAGGAACACACUAGAAUACACACUGGAGAAAAACCUUUUACCUGUUCAGUGUGCGGUAUCAGUUUUAGACGAAAUCCACAUCUGAAAGUACACAUGAGAAUACACACUGGGGAAAAACCGUAUUCUUGUACGAUCUGCAACAAAAAAUUCUGUGACCGAACAACCCUGGUGGUACACACUAGGAGUCACACUGGUGAGAAACCUUCUUCCUGUUCAAUCUGUGGAAAAGGUUUUGUACAAAGUCAGUAUCUGAAAAUUCACAUGAGAAUACACACUGGGGAAAAACCCUUUAGGUGUUCAGUUUGUGGUAAAGGAUUUUCUCGGAAAGCACAUUUGGCUCUACACACUAAAACACACACUGGAGAGAAACAGUUUUCUUGUUCAGUGUGUGGUUUAGGUUUUAUACGAAAUGCAGAUUUGGAAAGGCACAUGAGAACACACACCGGAGAAAAACCGUUCGCCUGUUCAGUAUGUGGUAAAAAUUAUAGACAAAAUCGGGAUUUGAAAAUACACAUGAAUAGACACACUGGGGAAAAACCUUUUGCUUGUUCAGUAUGUGGUAAAGGUUAUAGACAAAAUCGGGAUUUGAAAAUUCACCUGAGAAGACACACUGGGGAGAAACCGUUCCCCUGUUCAAGCUGCAACAAAAGCUUUAGUAAACAAAUAACACUUGUGACACACAUGAGAAGACACACUGGUGAGAAAGUGUACAGUUGCAGUGUGUGUGAUGAAAGGUUCUCUUACAAAUAUCAGCUUAACAAACACAAGUGUGCUGGUGAGAACAGCAACAACGAAGAAGAUCCGCCAUUUUCUUCAGUCAACAAGCGGUCUUGGCGUGUAAAGCGGGAAGGCACACUUCUAACGAUGGAACCUCGACAUAACUGCAGUGUUGUCGGCUGCGCGGGUGGUUGCACGUACUUAUAUCGCCUCCCACACGCCAACGAUAUCAGAGCAAAGUGGAUUAAUUUCAUUUACGGGGGAAACGUCCCACAUUCCGUUGGAAAUUGUCUUCUGGUCUGCGCCGACCACUUCACGUCAGACUGCUUCAGCAACCUGAGCCAAUACAACGCCGGGCUGGCAUUGAGACUGAGGGUCAAAGAUGGCUCCAUACCAACUGUUGGAGCUACGAGAGAGGGAAGUACAUGCAAAUCUGGACCGGUGCCUGCAAGACGCCACGGACCCUGCAGGACGGACCCAGCGACCUUGCACGCCGUUUCCGUGAAAACUGUCCAAUCUGACGUCAGAUGCACAGACCUCGGUGAAGAAUAUCUUCCCCCUGAGCGGCAGGAGUGGAGCUCCAGGGUGGAGCAGGACCCCCCACAGACCUCUGACAUUAAAGAUGAAGAUGAGGGGUCACAUUACCCCCACAUUAAAGAGGAAGAGAAUGAUUACAGCAUCAGUCGAGAUGGAGAACAUCUUGAAGUGCUGGUGGAGUUCCCAGUGACUGGUGUCCCUGUGAAGAGUGAAGAUGAUGAGGACAAGAGAGAGGCGGAGCCUCCGAGCAGCAGCUCAACACAACACAUGACAACAGAAAAUGAUGGAGACCACUGUGGAGGAUCACAAGCAGACAAGCUCUUAGCUCCACCAUCAGAUAGUGAGGACACAACGUCACACUCUCCUGACACUGAUGAUGAAGACUCUAAAGAUGAUAAGAAAUGUCACACUGACAACACCCACUUCAAAUGUUCUCACUGUGACAAAUCCUUUUGCAAGAAGGGGAACCUCAAAAGACACAUGAGAAGUCACGCAGGCAUCAAAGACUUUAUAUGCUCUAAAUGUGGAAAUAUGUUUGGGGAAAAUUCAAGUCUGAAAAUACACAUGAGAACGCACACAGGAGAAAAACCAUUCACGUGCCCAGUUUGCGGUAAAAGAUUCUCCCAGAAGGUACAUUUGACAGCACAUGGGAGAACACACACCAUAGAGAAACCUUUCGCCUGCUCAGUUUGCGCAGUGUGCGGCAAAGGAUUCUUUCAGAAGUCCCAUUUGGAAGAACACACCAGAGUACACACAGGAGAGAAACCCUUUUCUUGCUCAGUUUGUCGCCAAAGUUUCGCCUUGAAGUCAUCUUUGAAAAUACACGCAAGGACACACACUGGAGAGAAACCUUUUGCUUGCUCUGUGUGCGGCAAAACUUUUGCCCAUCGGUCAAGUUGGAUGAGACACUCUGGUAUUCACACCGGUGAAAAACCGUACGCCUGCGUGGUCUGUAACAGAAGUUUCUCUCAGAAUGAAUAUUUGAUUGCGCACAAGAGAACACACACCGGAGAGAAACCGUUUUCCUGCUCAGUCUGCCACACUUAUUUUGCCGAUCGUUCGUCAUUGAGGAAACACAAAAAAAAACAUGCUGGUAAAAGUGUUUAGUAGUGUGAUGAUGUUGAUCUUAAUGAUCCCUCAGGGAAUGUUCAACGUUUGCUGUGUUGUGUAACGACGGUUACAUGCAUUACACCACGCAGUGGUAUAGUAACAGUAGUCUGCUGUGCUAUGACGCAAUCUCUUAAAUCAUGUAAAUGCAUACUUCAUCAUGACACAAAAUACCUGUUUAUUUUUCAUUGUGGCGCUUGGUAGUUGACUUGGGGCAUCAUCUUUAUUUCAAGGUAAGAUUUUAAUUUCUA